AUGUUAGAUCCAUGGUUUUUAGAAACAAAUAAUUUAUCAGAAGAAGCUAUGGGAUAUUCUGAAUUUACAACAUUUACUAAAAAAAAAUUUGAUCAAGACGAAUCUGUAAACUUGUUUAUUGAGUUAGUUAAAUUUUGCAAAAAAACUUUACCAUAUGAUAAUAAAGUUAUUUGGAAUUCAGCAACAUCAUUUACUCCAUCAUUAUGUAGUAAGUAUGAUACUAGAACUGAUCAAGAAACUAAUUGUGAUAACAGUGAUAAUGAUGAAUUAUUCGAUAAUAGAUUUGAAAUGAAUGUAAUAGAUUUGACUGCCAAUGAAAUAUAA